AUGCGCGCCUCGUCGUUGCUGCUCACAGCAGUCUCGACUCUGCUGGCGCCGACCGUCUAUGCAGUGCCCUCGCAUCCGCAACCACCUCCGCCAUCCCAGCAACCAUCGCAUCGUCCGGUAUGGCGUUCCGUCACCGACGCCAUAGUUCGCAACAUCUGGAACCCGCCAGUGAACUCUCAUCUUGAGCCCGCUGUCAAUGCUCUACCACACCACAAGCACAGUGAAGAUGUCGUUGUUCGUUUCAACAUCAGCAAUGCCCGGGAUGCCUCAAGUCUCGCCGAUGCUGCCGACACUCUCUUCCUUGACCUGUGGGAAUUCACCGAUGACUGGGUCGACAUCCGAAUGCAGAAAGACUUGAUUCCUUCGCUGCUCGGUUUGCUGCCGUCAUCCCUGCACCAAGCACAUAAAUUGCUCAUGGACGAGUUUACCCUUCAAAAUGCCAUUUCAGAUACAUACCCUUCUUCUCGCUCCUCCCGUAUGCUUCAAUCCAAUGCUCCAACCCACCAUGAUUCCUUCGGGCCCAAACUUGGCUCCUCCUCGUCUGACAAUAUCUUCUUCAACGACUACCAACCGCUAUCUGUCAUUCAGCCCUGGAUGCGACUGAUGGCCUCCCUCUUCACCACUCACGUGCGUGUAGUCAAUGUCGGCACAACCUACGAGGGCCGCCAAAUUUCUGCCCUGCGUAUUGGUGUUCACCCUACCAACAAUGAUUCUCCUCAACGUCGCAAGACCAUCUUGAUUACCGCUGGCCUGCACGCCAGAGAAUGGAUCUCAACUAGUACCGUCAAUUACAUUGCAUAUUCGCUUAUCACAGGUUAUGGAAAGAGUCAUGUCAUUACCAGUCUUCUCCAAGAGUUCGAUUGGGUUCUCGUACCCACUCUCAACCCGGAUGGAUACGCCUACACCUGGGAAUCUGAUCGUCUGUGGCGCAAGAACCGUCAACAGACCUCCCUGCGUUUCUGCCGUGGCCUUGACCUCGAUCGAAGCUUCUCUUACCACUGGGAUGGUGCCGCAAACACAAAAUCUAACCCCUGCAGUGAGUCUUUCUCGGGUUCCGCGCCUCUGGAAGCCUUCGAAGCCAAGAGUCUCGCUGGCUGGAUACACAAUGAGACUGAGCACAACAACGUUGAUUUUGUUGGCCUUCUCGAUUUGCACUCUUAUUCACAGCAGAUCUUGUACCCUUACUCCUACACCUGCGACGAAAGUCCUCCCAACCUGGAAAACUUGCAGGAAGUUGCUGCCGGUCUGUCAAAGGUUAUGCGUCUUUCAGGCGGACGCUACUACCAAUCUGCCCCUGCUUGUGAGGGUAAUGUCGGUUUCGCCACUAACGGCGACCGUCAAGUCUUCCCUCGCUUCGAGACGGGUGGUGGUAGCUUCCUUGAUUGGUUCUACCACGACAUCAGGGUCAAGUACACCUACCAGCUCAAGCUCCGCGAUCGCGGCACUUAUGGCUUCCUGCUCCCCAAGGACCACAUUGUGCCUACCGGCAAGGAAGUUUUGGAUGCUGUCAUCUACUUUGGAAAGUUCCUUAGUGGUGAUUUUAACGUUGCUGCUGGCGAGGAGAAGCAGAGUAACCUUAAGCAACCCGAGCAGCCUAUUCAAGAUGACGAGUUUGGUCAGGAAGCAGAAGACGUGCCUGAUGACGAAGACGAUAGCGUCAUGUGGGAAUUGAGGCGGCGAAGACGUGUUUGA